AUGUCAUCAGCAACACCAGAUCGGUACAAGCUAAUCUUCUUCGUCCCCCAUCCCCAACUCGAGUCCUGCAAAGAAGCCAUCUUCUCCACAGGUGCAGGCACCUUUCCUGGAGGUAAAUACACCAAAUGCUGUUUCCAGACUCCAGGAACUGGACAAUUCUUACCCGCGAAUGGCGCGAAUCCAAACAUCGGGGCUGUAGGGGCCUUGGAGCAUGUCGAGGAGAUGAAGGUUGAGAUUCUGUGCGUGGGCAGAGAUACGAUGCUCAAUGCUGUCAAGGCUUUGGUGAAGGCGCAUCCGUAUGAGGAGCCUGCCUUCCCACCCGACCACUUCGAAUUCCGCGCUCCGAACUUCACCAAACCACAAUCCUACAACCUCACKCCUCUCAAUUCAACCACAACCUCGCCAGCAAUGGCCUCCAAACUAUUCCCCGCCGUUGUGCGCUCGUCCCGUCAGAUUAUUCCACAGAUUGCCAGACCCCAAUGGCGGUCAUUCUCCGCGGUUGCACCUAAACUUAGCGAUACGCUCCAUGUGCACCGCAACAAACCCGAAAACAACCCAUCCAUCCCUUUCAAGUUCAGCACCGAGAACGAAAAAAUCAUCGAUGAGAUCCUCAAACGGUACCCUCCCCAGUACAAGAAGGCUGCUGUCAUGCCCCUUCUCGACCUCGGGCAACGCCAGCAUGGAUUCACCAGCAUUAGUGUCAUGAACGAGGUUGCUCGUUUGUUGGAAAUGCCUCCCAUGCGAGUUUAUGAAGUCGCGACUUUUUAUACCAUGUACAACAGAGAGCCUGUGGGCAAAUACUUUGUCCAGGUUUGCACAACGACACCCUGCCAACUCGGCGGCUGCGGAAGCGACAAGAUCGUUCAGGCAAUCAACAAGCACCUCGGCAUCACCCCCGGCCACACCACAGAGGAUGGCCUGUUUACUUAUAUCGAGGUUGAAUGUCUUGGGGCCUGCGUCAAUGCUCCCAUGGUCCAGAUCAACGACGACUACUACGAAGAUUUGACUCCCGAGUCUAUUACCCAGCUCUUGACCGCCCUCAAGGAAUCAGCCGCCAACCCUGCCACCAAGAUUCCUGCUCCCGGUCCUCUCAGUGGACGUGACACAUGCGAGAACAGUGCCGGAUUGACGAAUCUCAAGGAGGUCACCUGGAACCCAGAACAGAUGAUGAGAAAGGAUGGAGAGUUGUAA